UCAUGCUGGGUACAGCCUUAUAAAAUGAGUUUGCUGUAUCUUCUUAUUAUAGUAAGUUUUGUCAAGGUCUCAACGGAAUGUUUAGCAAAUUCACAACAAGUGUCCAAUAUGGAAGAUACGGACCGGAAACACGUCAUUACGCACGUCAGUGCACUGAACGUCACAUCAACUCUGGAUGACGUUCUGAAGCCGAGGAAGUACGACCGGAGAAUCAGACCUGGCUUUAAGCACACACCUGUGGUCAUCUACACAGAUAUACUGUUAAGAUCAAUGGGACCAAUUUCCGAGAAAGAUAUGGUCUACUCCAUCGAGAUUUACUUCAGACAGAGAUGGAUGGACGCCAGACUGGCGACUAACAUGUCCAUAGAGAACAUUUCCCUGAACAUCAAGGUCCUGGAGAGGCUCUGGUACCCCGACACAGUCUUCUACAACGGCAGACAGUCCUAUCUCCACUUCAUACCCACACCGAACCGCUUCAUCCGAAUCAGCCCGAAUGGCUCCAUGUACUUUUCACAGAGACUGACGGUCAAAGCCAUUUGUCAGAUGGAACUACAAAAUUACCCGCUUGAUUCUCAAAUUUGUGACCUCCAAAUUGGGAGUUUUGCGUACUCUUACGACGACGUUGUCUACGCCUGGCGUUACGGUCCAUUGAACUCAGUGCAGCUGGCCACUGAUAUGACCAUGUCCCAAUUUGACCUCAUUAAUUAUUCAGCCACAUCUUUGAAUUUUUCAAGGAAAGGAGAUGUUCACUCCUGUUUGAUGGUGCGCUUCGGUCUCCGGAGACACACGGGAUAUUUCCUAAUCCACGUGGUGACUCCGUGUUCCUUGCUGGUUGUUUUGUCGUGGGUCUCGUUUUGGAUUAAUAGAGAGGCCACGGCAGACAGAAUAGCUCUAGGUACUACAACAGUAUUGACCAUGACCUUUCUCGCCCUCGACACCCGCGAUGAACUUCCUCGCGUCACGUACGCCACUGCCCUUGACCUGUACGUCGCCAUGUGUUUCAUCUUCGUUCUAUCGACUCUCGUCCAGUUUGCAAUAGUACACCUGUUUACCAAGAAGGGACACAGUGAUACUUGUACGUCUCCGCCAUAUGUCGAUAGUUCCGACGACGAAAACGUGCCUUUUUGUAGACACCCCCGGCCAAGGACCGCCGAGAGAAUCGCCAGUACAGAGCAGAAUGUCCACAAAAACCGAGUGUUUGUUACCAGGAAAGAGAGCCGCAUGAAAGUUUGGUUCUCCAGCUUAAAGUUCAAAGGUCACAAAUCUCAGAAACGAGGCCAUGAUGAAGCCAAUAGUGUCAGUCAAAUCGAUAAGGUGUGCAGAUGUGCAUUCCCGAUUACCUUUGUGAUUCUUAACAUUGCUUAUUGGUCCUUUUACCUAACCCGAAAGGAAUUCGAUUUUUAAUAUUUAAUGCAUAAUGUCAUUUUAAUUUAGAUUUUUUUUAUAUUCAAGAGAAUUGAUUUUUUUUCAAUAUAAAAUGUAGAUGAUGCAAAUGUAUGUAGUUAAUGUCAAUAUUUUAAAAAAGAACGUGUACCAUCAAAAAUAUAUAAUUGUUUUAUUUGAGUAAUAUAUUUGUUAACGAAUAAUAUCAUAGAUACUAAUGAAUAUAUUUUGUCAAACAAUUCAUACGUUCAAACACACACAUAUAUGUACAAGUCAAUGAUAUGUACUUUUAUAAAUGUAACAGUGAUAUAACAACUUUGUACUUUAAAAUCAAGUACAACAUAAACAAAUAAUCAAAAAAAGAAA